AUUACUAGACACGUACCAAAAGGCUUGCAUUUCUGAACCAAAAGGUAAAUUUAUUUUUAGUUAAUUAUUUAAGGCCAAUUCAUUAUAGUUUAUAAAAAUUAAUUUUUGAAAAUACUACAAACAUGUUAAAAAUAUUCAUUCUAAUCAAAAAAUGAAAAUUAUGUCAAUAAUAAAAUAAAUUUUAAAGAAAACAGAAGACUAUAAGAAUUACAUAUAUAUAUAUAUAUAUAUGACCAUAUUUAUUUAAGAAAAUAGUAAACUAGAAGAAUUAUCAAAAUAUUUUUGUAAUAACCAUUUAGAGAUAAAUAUGAUUUUUGUACAAAUGACUAAGAUAAUGAAACUAUUUUCAUAAUUUGUUUCCUUAUAAAUAAUAAUUAUUUUCGAAAUAUAUUCAUCAUAUAUAUAUAUAUAUAUUUUUUUUUUUUCUUUCUACAUUAUUAAUAAAUAUAUAGUUUACAAAAUUUGACAAAAAAAGUUAUAAACACAUAACAUGAUAGAAUUUACUACAACAUACUUAAUGAUACAGUUGCUUAUUUUUUUUUAUUAAAUAACUCAAACUAAUAGUAUUUGUAUAAUUUAAAAAAUGUAGGUAUGACGUCUAACCGCCAACAAAACACAACAUUUUCUGAUGAAAAAAAUAUAAAUCUUCUGUCGGCGCGGGUAAGUAGUUAAUAAUAUUUUUUUAAAAAGUUUUAGAAUAGUUUAUAUAUAAGUAAAAUGAUUGAAAUUUUUAUUAAUUUAUAGAGGGGAGACAAUUUUAGAUGGACACCUAAUAGAGAACGAGUAUUUAUUGAGUUAUACGAUCGAGCAAUUGCCAUGAGCGAUUACCGUUUCAAAGAUCCUACUCCCGCUGCUAGAAAGUUUAUUGUUGAUAAGUUCAAUCAAGAGUUUAAUAUUAACGUAACAUACCACUUCUUCACAGAAAAACUUGAUCAACUUAAAAGAAAAUACAAGAAGUACAAACAUCUUAUGAAAAAUUCUACGGGCAUUUUGGUUGAUCUUACUACAUCUGUGAUAUCUGCGUCUGAUUCAUGGUGGAAAGAUCGUGAAGUAAGUACAACAAUAUCUCUUAAAACCAGAGUAUAUUUAUAAAAUUAUCAAAGCUAUAAUAUUUGUAGUCUAAAAACUAUAUAAUCAUAUUAACAGGUAGACAUGAUUGUAAAAUCAUUUAAACGAAAGCCGCCAGAGCUUUGGGAUGUGAUGCAACGAUGUUUCAUUUUAUAUGACGUCCAAUCACAGUCUCAAUACUCUUUGCACCAAAGAAGAGAAGAGUUGAUGAAUGAUGGUCAAAAUAAUGAUGAAGGUUAUUAUUACUCUGAAACAUAUGGUGGUGAUAUGCAGCACACUCAGAUUCCUGAAACGCAAGGAAAUGAAGAAGUCUAUCGCGUUAAUAUUGAUGAUGAAAUACGUCAUUCAAAUGAGUUCAUCCGUGAUAAUCUACGUCAGAAUUCGUCACCCGCUGCUGAUUCUUUUCAGAUUCCCAAUUCCAGAGUUCAACAACGAGGUGGACUAAGGCGUGGAAGUAGUUCACAAAGAGCUGCAGGGAACUCUCAGACCUCUGUCAAAAGUGGAUCCCAAGGAAGUCGAAGAAAACAAUCAUUCGAGACAACCCUGACAGAUACAAUGACUGGCUUUAGAGAGUUUCAGCGCCAAAGUUUACAACAACUACGUCCAAAUUCUUUUGACGAAGAUGAUUACAAUGAAUUCGAUACUGCUGUCAAGAUAUUUGAAUCAAUGGAGCUUCCAAAUGACACCAAUUUCUAUUGGGCGUGCAUUCAUGCAUUCAAAGAAGAAAGAUUUUGGCCCAAGUACUUUAUUGACAGAGCUGAAAGAACCACAGAAGAUAAGUUGAAGUUUUUACAAGCUCUUACUGGAUAUACACGGGACAGCAAAUUCGUGGGAAAGCGGUUAGAAUCUGGACAAAAGUUUGGUAGUCCAACUUGUGGGCAAUGGAGUUCGGGUUUUCAACAAUGGGGAACACCUCCAAAUCCACUACAAUUGGGUACACCUCCAAGUGCUCCGCAAUGGGGACCACCGCCAAAUGCCACGCAAUGGAGUUCACCUUCAAAUGUUCCACAGUGGGGUACACCGCCAAAUGCCCCACAAUGGGGUAGACCACCAAAUGCACCGCAAUGGAGUUCAUCUCCAAAUGCUCCGCAGUGGGGUACACUACAUGUUCCACAAUGGGGUGCGCCUCAAAAUUCUCAACAAUGGGGUUCACCACCAAGCACUCAACAAUGGGGUCCUACAUCCGCGGUUCCACAAUGGGGCUCAUCACCGACCACUCAUCAAUGGGGAUCAUCACAAGAUGCUCCACAAAAUAUUCCUCCGAGAAAUGUUCAACGUGGAUUUUCCCUAGAAACAGAAGUACAAACUACAACACACGAAAAGGAAGUUCAUGUUUCCGAGAAUGUUAUUAGAGGAGUAUCACCGGAAUUUGGCUUUACGAACUGUGCUUCUACAAGUAAAGCAUCACGUCCACGAAGACGAGGUGGAUUAUUCAACAUUUUGGGAACUGAACGAGGACUCAAUCUAAAUGAAACACGAGAAAGUGAUUCCACAUCGGAUAACUAGCUUAAUAAGGUUUGUGUUUUGUUUUUAG